UCAAAAGUCGCUGCGUGUACAACACCUGUCCAUAAACCCCCAUGGCAGAUAGGGGUCGUGGAAGAGGCGGCGGGCGCGGAGGCGCCCGCGGUGCCUCAAACCCACAACAGGGGAAUGCCAAUGAGAAACCCGCGAAACGCGAGGCAAUAUUGGACCUCGCCAAAUACGAGAGCAUGCGCAUACGAGUGAAGUUUCAGGGUGGACGAGAAGUGACGGGUGUUUUGAAGGGCUUUGAUCAACUGAUGAACCUAGUGCUGGAUGACGUGGUAGAGAACCUUUCCUCGGAACCGCCAAAGCAACGAAAUCUUGGGCUGGUAGUAUUGCGCGGACCUACCAUAACACUGUUGAGCCCAGUUGACGGUUGGGAGGAGAUAGAGAAUCCUUUUCUUCAGGGUCAAUCCUGAUGUAAAAAUCGAGGUAUUCAGUGUAUUGCAUAUGGAUCGCAGAACCCAGUCUGUAACUGUCACUGGUGCGACCUGAGGAGUAUAACUUGCCGAAGUUGUGGGUUGUAUAUGCACGGACGCACGCACUUGUCAUUAUCUUCUCGAGCUACAUACGACAAGAUUGU